AUGAAACUGAGACAGAAGGAGGAGGAAAUUGCCACCCUCAACGACAUAGCCAUGGACUUCACCUUGGAGAACUGGGAACAGCUGGGGCAGGGGCAGGGAGACCUGUUCUGGGACACGGCGCUGGACAACUACCAGAACCUCUUCCUGCUGAACCCCCCCAGACCCAACUUGACCUUCCAUCUGGAUGGUGGGGAAAAGCUGGAGGCCCUGGCGAAAGAAAGCCCAGAGUCAACAGACGCUGGCAUAGCUGAGACUUCUCCUCUGCCUCAGGACUUCAUGGAAGAAGGACUCUUCCAGGAGAUUACUGAGACUUUUUCCAAGGAUGAUCUCUGGAACUCCCAUUUGGGAGAAGCCUCUAUAGGCCAAAGCUGGUUAGAUAGUUUUCUAGGAGAUUCAGAAGGUCUUCUAAGGUCUGAUAUUACCAGUCUGGAGAAAUGCAAAAGCUACCAACUCAAGAGCCAUGAACUCAAGAUAGACCUCAGUCCCGAGUCCCACCUUUCCCCAGGAGUGGGUUCCAUGACACCUGAUCUCCCUGAAAAGAGCCUGGCACCAGCUGAGUCUCAGGAAUGUGGGAAUGACUUCGGGUGCUACUCAGACCACAGCCAGCAGGAUACCAUCCAGGGAGGGGAGAAACCAUGUAAGUGCAGUGAGUGUGGGAAGAGCUUCAGCCAGAGUCACCAUAUGAUCCAGCACUGGAUUCUUCACAACAGGGAGCAUCCCACUGUGCUUCAAGAGUAUGAGAAAGAUAUCAGCCAGAAUUCCUGCCUUUUCAUGCAACCAGUGACUCACACAGGCUACAAAUCCUAUGUGUGUAACAAGUGCGGGGAAACUUUUAGUCAGAAUACACACCUUCUGUGUCAUCAGAAAGUUCACACUGAAGAAGAACCAUGGGAGAGUCAAGAUGGUGACUGUCCCGCAGAUCACAACUCACAGCCUUUUGAGUGUCGUAAACCACACCCAGGUAAAACCUACAAUUGUAACGAAUGUGGCCAGAGUUUUAGCCAAACCUUUCAUCUCUCUGUGCAUCAGAAGACCCAUACUCAGAAAUGCUACGAAUGUGCCAAAUGCAAGGCAACCUUCAACUCCAACAGAUACCUCCUCCAACAUCAGAAAAUUCAUGCUGCAAAAAUGACCAUUGAGGAUCAGAAGUGUGGCAAGGCCUGCAGGCAGAGCUCCUUUCUUGUCCAACAGCAGUCUGUUCACACUGCAGAGAAGUCUUAUAAGUGUGAUGAGUGUGGGAAAACCUUUAGCCAUAGCCUGUCCCUAAAGAUCCACCAGAGGGCUCACAGUGGAGACAAGCCUUACAAAUGCAACGAAUGUGGGAAAGCCUUUUACCGGAACAGUCACCUUAGUGAACACCAGAGGGUUCACACGGGUUACAGGCCCCACAAAUGUCACAAAUGUGUCAGGAGUUUCAGCCGGCCCUCUCACCUGAUUCGACACCUGUCCAUGCACACUACAGAAAAGCUCUACAGCUGUGCCAAAUGCAAGAAGACCUUCAGCUGCAAUGAACACCUUGUUCAGCACCAGAAAAUCCAUGCUGUGGAAACCCUCUAUGGAUGUCAGGAGUGUGGUGAGCGAUUUGUUUGCCGCUCAACCCUAACUUGCCACCAGAGCAUUCACGCUAGAGAAAAAGGACUCAGUGAGAGCCGGGAGAUCUUUUAUGAGAAACCCAAGCACAAAGAGCAUCCAAGGGUCUGUGGGAAGUGCUUUAAGUGUAACAAAUGCGAGAAAACCUUCAGCUGCAGAAAAUACCUGACUCAGCACGAGUUGAUUCACGCCAGGGUGAAGCCCUUUGAGUGUAACCAGUGUGGGAAAGCCUUUGGGCAAAGUUCACAGCUCAUCCGGCACCAGAGGAUCCACUCUAGAUUGAGAUCAUACAGAUGUGGGGACUGUGGGAAGGCCUUUAUCUACAGUACCUCCCUCAUCAAACAUCAAUCCCUCCAUGGGAUUGAGCACCCCUUUAAAUGUAACGAAUGUGGAAGGAUCUUCAGUCAAAGUGCACGUCUCUUAGAACAUCAGUUAAUCCACACUACGAAGAAGCCCUUGAAACCUAACAAGUGUGACAAAGUCUUGGCCCACAGUAACCACCUUAUUCAGCAUCAGGGAACUUGGGCCGGAAAGAAGCCCUUUGAGCAGAAUGAAUGUGGGGAAAUUAUCCAGGAGAGCUUGUGCCUUUCUGAGCACCAGGGAGUUUACACAGAUGAGAAGCCCUAUACGUGUGGUGACUGUGGGAGAACCUUCAGCCUGGGUGCUCAGCUCGUUUACCACCAGAGAGUUCACACCGGGGAAAAGCCUUACAUUUGUCAGGAAUCCGGGAAAGCCUUCCGGCAGGGCUCAUGCCUUUCUAAGCAUCAGAGAGUUCAUACCAGGGAGAAGCUUUAUGUGUGCACUAAAUGAGGGAAAGCCUUUGCCCAGAAAACAAAUCUGAUACAGCAUGAGACAACUCACACAGGGGAGAAGCCUUAUGCUUGUGGUGUGUGUGAGAGAGCCUUUCGCCUUAGGGCCCAUCUCAGUCAGCACCAGAGAAUUCAUACCCAGGAAAAACCGUAUCAGUGUCAACAUUGUCAGAAAGCCUUGUGCUGCUGCUCAGGUCUCAGCCGACAGCAGUGAGUUCACACUCCAAAGUAG